AUGCAGCCUCUACCCCAUGUGCUGCUUCCACAACUACAGCAGCAAGACCAAAGCCAAGACCAAGCAAGCGAUGGCGCAGCUGGAGCAGGAUCAAAAGGAGGCGGCAGAAUACCAGGCGAGGAAGGCACAUCAUCGUUCCCGUUCGCCGCCGGACGUGGCCUACGUCCCUCGCAACCGCCAGUCUUCGACGAGACGUCACGAGAGUCGCCGUCGCGAAGAUCGUCACCGGAGUCGCCAUCGCUACUAGGACGACGAACGCUCUCCCGAGACAACAGGGCGGACACACAAGAGACUGCCCUCUACCGACCGGAGUCUGGAUCGAGAGCGGAAUCGCCGUCACAAUGGCCGCGCGCCUCCCCGCAAGUACCAUCACAGCUCGUGGGAGGGAGUGCUGGCGCCGAUGCCGGCAUUCUGAUCUCGAGUCCUGAUCCCAUCGCCGAAUACAAAACACAGAUGCGAUCUCUCUUGGCAAGAUCAAGUUUCCCCAGAUCGCUAGCCAGCGUACACCCACCCACACCCCGAUCGCAGCAUUCCCGUCACUCCUCCAGCACUAUAUCCUCCAUCACUUCACAGUCGUCCUAUGCAAGCAGUUACGCCUACAUCUUCAGAAGAAAGAAACCAGAUUUGAGAUUGCUACGGAAGAGCAGCAAACCGCCCCAACACCUCAAGCCGAGAGCAUCAGCAGUGAAGAAGCCAGUCAUCAUUGACGCAGCGCAACGAAUAGCGGGACCAAGAGUCGUCGAAGACACCGGAUACGUGGAGUCUACAACGAAGCAUAUCACGCCACCGCCAAUGGAAAGACCCAUCGCCUUGACACUACCCGAGCUACUGAAAGCUGAGCCACCGCCGAAGCCGUUGCGCAAAGUACAGACUCUCCGAUUCAAGAGCCUCAUCACAGAAGGAAGACAGCCAACACACACUCUCAAGACUGCGGCGUCGCGACCAGUCCUUUCUCGUGCUGAUCCGCCGCAUCCAUCUCCUCCUCAUCCUUUGACCACCAGUACAGACGCUGCGCCGUUGCAGACCGGAUCAAGAGUAUUGAGCCUCGAACACCUGCACGAGUACGAAACAAUUCGGCGCACAGCUCGCGAAAAUCGACUAAACGAGCAAAGAUCUCGAUCCAGAGGGAAGCGAGGCUCGAGCCAUCAAAGCAGCAAGAAUAGCAGCAGGAGGGACUUGAGGGGCAUGAGAAAGCACUACCAUGAUGUUACGCCCCAAGAACAAGAGUGCGAUUUAGUGAAUGAAUCUGCUUCCAGCCACGGCAAUUCUUACUUUCAAACUUGGAUACCGGAAAUAACAUACUGCAAAGAAUUUGUACCCUUGCGGACACCAAUUUCUGAUGAAGACCGCGAAGCUUUGGACUACUUCGUACCAAGGUCAGACCCACCCAACGCACAGGACACACCGCUUCCGAGCGAGCAGUUGCAAAGAAGCUCAACUAUGGGAACGACGACGUCAGUCGUGGCAACGCGCAAGUCGAAUGCAUUCUUCAAACUCUUCAGAAGAAGCAUCUUCAAAGAAAGAGACGAUCAUGGGCAUCAUCACAAGUCGUCGAGCAAACAGGGUUCUGGAAAACUGCCCUCGAAUAUCGCAUCGACAGAGUCUCCUGAGUGGAUGGACGUGCCUCUCCCGCCUUUGACACCUGGAAUCACGCUGAGCAGUCCUGCUGACAGCAAAGGCGAGUAUACGCGUUCGCUUGUGCCAGAGCUGCAUUCACCAUCGUACUUCGGGCGGACGAGAUUCCUUCGUGACGACAGCUCGAAGUCUUUGACACCAUCACCCGGCCACGGAUCGCCCGGUCAUACUUCGGCGGCAGAAAUGAAGCCGGAUCGCGCAACGCCGUCACCACUUUUCUCUCGACCAAGACACCACAAGCGAUCUUCCUCUGAGGCAUUGUCGCCAAUGUCAAGACCUCAGAAAACUUCAAUGCUCAAACAUAGCAGCAUUCUGGAGGGAGAGGCGUCCUUCAGCGCACCAAGCCAGGUGCGGCCUGGCUUCGUCUCUACCAUACCACAUUCAUCAGAGUCGGAAACCGCUUCCCACAACUCGGUAGAAGACCAGCCCCAUCGGUGCGAGACACUAAAGCAGCGACCCUCGAUCGCAGGUCUCGCAUUGCCCAACUUGAAGUCGAAACAAAGUCACGCCCUCACAUUCCAGGAGCCCAUCUUGCGAAAGAAGCCUAGCACUUGGAAGAGCUUGGUCAAUGGGAUUCGCAAAGUGUCUUCGCUUGGCAUCCUUGCAAGCAAUCGCGACUCAUCAUCAGGAGAAGAAGUUCAGCGCCAGACGCCACUUAUGAAAGCAAAGAGAUCAUUCGCAAAGUUGAAGCUGCGUCCCUCGUUAGCUGCAAUCAACGUGCGCAACGGCAAGCUGGUCCGAAUAUCCUCGCGUGACAGUCAGCCACAGUCGGGAGACAUAGACACUGAAGACGAUGAUAAGCCAUCGUUCUCGCAUCAAAUGUCUUCUCCUCAGCAGGCUCCACCACAGCCACGCCAGCCUCGACCCAUCAGGCCCGACGACUUGAUCGUGACGAAUUUUGAGCAAACGCCAUUCAGCAAGCGGUACUACGACAGUAUUCGGGCCGAGCAGCAAGCAAUCCGAGCUUUCAUCGAUCAAACGAUGGAAGAAGACGAUGAAGAAUGCGACGAAGUUGUACUCGGCUUCGAACAGAACGUUCCCGAUCAUCUACCCAAGAGUCCGCUGUGCCCUCUGCACCCAAAGCACAAGAGUGGAGGUAAAGCGAUCUGUCCACUGCAUGGAAGGUACAAGCCACCAAAACGACCGCCAAGCCCGAUGCACAAAAUGGAGAUUGUCUUUGAUACUCGUGAGAACGAUGUUGGGGGCCCAUCAGGUGCGACAUCAGCUCAAGCCAAGCUGGCUACUGGCAUCGAUGGCACGGAGGCGUACCUCAAGAGAGCAGCUUUCACGUCGCAGCAGACCUUUCGUUCUGCAGGGAAUGCACGACGCUUGCAGCAGACUUCGAGCAUGGGGAGCGAUGGAGCGGAGUCUCUGGAAUUGAUGCACAGUGAGAGCCCGGCGGACGUAGAUGCUUGGUCACGGCCUAGGAGGCAGCGACUUCAUCAUUUGCAACGAGGAUCAGAAUGUGCUCGUGGGAGGACUUUGUUCAGAGGAGAGUCCGCGGUUGAUAUCCGCAAGAGGCGAGCGAGGCGGCAUCGAGACUGA